GUUCCUCGUCGCGGCGCGGAAGUCUGUUAGAGUUUCGCGUGAAUCUCCCGUGCGGUUUGUAAUGGCGAACGAUUAAAGAUCGGCCCGAAGUGCGUGGAUCUCGCGCGGCCGUCACACACCUGGAGAAGAUGGAGAGAAACAUGAACCACCGGAGGCAGGAACGAAGAGAUUACAGAAAUCGUUUGCGCCCAAAGCAACGUCAAAGUCGGUGACUUCAGAGGAGGUGUUUCAGAUGAAGUGUCGACGUAGAUAAAGAGAAGCAAAUCCUGGAGAGUUGCGAAUCUAAGGGAAGCAACAGAACCAAACGCAGACUUCCAUUAAGUCGCGAAAGGGUUGAGGAUCGGAAAUACAAUAGUUUGGCAUGAAACGGUCGGUUGAUCGAGCUUUAGUUGUCUCCAGCAGCUGUCGUGGAGAAGCGGUAUCUAUAGACACGGUGUCUGUGUUUAGGACACGCCGAGCGACACAAAGCGUCUUUCGUUACCAAUCGAAACGUUGGCUAUUGUCGCAGGAUCUUUGCCCGUGUUGCUGCGGGACGUUUACAGAGCUCUGAGGCCCUCUGAUUUUUUUGUUUUGGUUUCAAGAAAACCAGUGUCGACGGCUAGACGCAGUGGAAUCAGAUCGAAAAUCAGAUCCCAGAUUGGUUCGCGAACCACGGCAGCUAUUGAAAAAAGCAGAAACCACACAAAACCCUCAUGACUUCACAACUUUAGUCAGCAGGAAGGUAUUCUUGGCAUUCGCAGGCGUACUCUCAUAAGAAAGUCUACUUGGUGUCUUGGUUUCACAACCUUAAGUUUUCAGCAUAACGCGCACGGAGCUGUGAUUGCUUUACAUCGGGGCAAGGAUGCGACGUCAAAACUGACUGAAAUGGCAGCAUUGACUUUUUAGAAACCUUUGGAGUUGUGAAUGAGAAUGGCAUUGAAAUCCCGUCUAUGCCACCAGUGCAACCACCUCUGACCUUCGAUUAUGUUCUUGUGGCAAAAAUCUCAGAGGAUGAGAACAACCACGCAUUCAGAAAACAGACAGCUUUCAUCGAAACUUUAAAGAAGAAGAAAUUGAAUGUAUAUAAAUUUGGAGAUGAGGACGAUAAGGUGUUUUAUUGCAUCCGAGCGCCGGAAAACAUUUUCAAGACUUACCGGUAUCUCUUGAAAGUGUCUGACGCCUGUAACUGGAGUUGUGACCAGCAGGGUACUAUACCUCAGUCAAUCAGGAUUCGUAUUGUUGAUUUCAUUCUGCAUCACACAUUCAUUGAAUCAGAAGGUGUUUCAGAAUAUCUGCCAGAUCUCAUGAAAAAAAAUGUUUUCGAGACCCACUUUUGUUUACACGAGAAAAGGGAGCAAAAAGAUUUGAAGCAGAGCUGGGCUCGUUGGUCUGCGUGUUUCAAAGGACAGCCCAUAACAAACAUCAGAAACUACCUUGGUGAGAAGGUGGCUCUGUAUUUCCUGUGGCUGGGCUGGUACACAUUUCUCUUGAUUCCUGCUUCUUUAAUUGGUCUCAUAGUGUUCCUGUACGGCGUGGCCUUCUACAACACAAGUCCUCUGAUAAAGGAGGUGUGCCAGUCAAAUGUAAUUAUGUGCCCUCUGUGCGAUAAAACAUGCAGAGUGUGGGAGCUUUCUGAAACCUGCUUAUAUGCAAAGGUGAGCCUUCUGUUUGAUAAUGAAGGAACGGUAGCGUUCGCCAUGUUCAUGGCAGUGUGGGCUACUGUGUUUCUGGAGUUCUGGAAGCGCCACAGAUCAUCUUACGUGUGUGCAUGGAAGGUCUUCGACUGGUGUGAGGAAGAGGAGGAGUUGAUUCUGGACAUUGUAAAUAAUGCACACUGCGAACCUAAAAGACACAGGCACUCUUACCUGCGCUCUACUGUUGUACUGGUUUUAGUCACUCUCAUGUUGCUGAUCAUCAUUGGUUUGACCCACGUCCUGGUUGUGUGUCGAGUCAUCGCUACUGUGCUCCUGGCCGAAAACAGUCCCUGGAAGGUCAUUACGGAAAAUUCGCAAACGGUUGCCGUGAUGCUCGGAGCCGUGCUUCACUACAUCACCAUCACCGUCAUGACCCGGGUCAAUUGCAUAGUAGCUAUGAAGCUGAGUGAAAUAGAGAAUAAGCACUCCCAUGCGGCCAUUGAAAGGAGCUUCACAGUCAAGAUGUUCAUAUUCCAGUUCUUUACAAUGUUCUCCUCUCUCAUAUACACGGCGUUUUUUCUGGGAAGGAUUAACGGUCAUCCUGGAGGAUAUGUGAGGAUAUCCGGCAUAUGGAGACUGGAAGAGUGUCACCCAAGUGGCUGUCUCACAGAUUUGUUCAUUCAGAUGUCGGUUAUCAUGGUACUUAAACAGACCUUCAACAACAUCUUUGAAUAUUCUGGUCCCUGGUUUAGUCGGUGGAUGAAGAGGAAAAAGACCCAGAAGUUUAGGAGAAGGUGUUUCAAAUGCUAUAAGAAGGAGUGUAUGAAUGCCAAGGUAGGAUCCGAACUCUGUGAGAACUGCAAACUCGAAGAAAUCCACAGAAACUACAGCCUGAUUAAAACGGAUCGCUUCAGCCUCUUCAACGAGUUCUUGGAAAUGGUGAUCCAGUUUAGUUUCACUACUAUCUUCGUAGCUGCAUUUCCUUUGGCUCCAUUGUUGGCUCUGCUCAACAACAUCAUUGAGAUUCGACUGGAUGCCAUUAAGAUGGUGAGCCUUGAGCGCAGGCUGGUGCCAACAAAGGCCAACGAUAUUGGUGUUUGGACGGAUGUGCUUGAGGUGAUCGGUAUGCUUGCAGUCAUUGCUAAUGGCCUGGUCAUUGGUAUAUCUUCUGAUUUCAUUCCACGACUGGUUUACCAGUACCUCUAUGGGCCUUGCGUCGGCGGCAGUGCUUCUGGCAUUGAUUGUAUGGCUGGAUACAUAAACAACACUCUAUCCAUUGCCAAUACAAGUGAUGAGAGAGUCAGGGAUGAUUUCUCAAGGGGUCAAAUGGUCACCUACAGUGGCAUAAAUGUGACGCACUGCAGCUACAGAGACUACAGAAGUAACGAAGACUUCAGUUUAACUAAUCAGUUUUGGGUCAUUCUAGCAGCGCGGUUGGUCUUCAUCAUUCUAUUUGAGCACGUAGUGGUGAUCUUUAAGUGUGUGGCAAGCUGGUUUGUUCCUAACUCACCACUGGAUGUGAGAAACGAAAGACUGUAUGAUAAACUCAUGAGACUCAAGCAAGAACUGAGAGCUCAAAGAGCACAACAGGAUACUUUGACCAAACUUAAGGAGAAUGGGAAUUCAAAACGACCAUCUAAACAGAAAAAAGCAAAGAAGCUAAAUAGUAUGUGAGACAAAUGAGCCAAGACGAGAUUCCCCUGCAUGCAAUUCUUCGGUCCUCAUUGUAGAAGACUGUGCAUUUUGGUUGUUGCUAAUCACCUUAGUUUGAUAAAAAGAUUAAAGGUUUUACAUUUAAAAAAAAAAAAGUGGUAAUUUUUAUUUUUUUUAUUGCAUGUCAGUUUGUGAAUUAAUGACUGCUCAAUAAAUCGGUUUUGUUUAAUGCGUAUAAAUAUGUAUACGCUACUCUUCAAAA